CACAGACUACACUCACUGUUCCAUUGAACAGGUCACAUGGUAAUGUAUACUGUCUGGAUCUGGCCCUGAACUGGCCCUGCUCUGGCUGUGAUGUGGUUGAGGAUUUGUCUAGGUCCCUCCCAGCAUUACUGUGACUUCCAUGUCACUGGGAUUGAAAGCAAAGGAACAGACAUGGAGCAUAGAGGAAUGAUUCAGAAGAGGUGUUCCGGGGACAUGUUUACGCGUGUCAGGCCUCUGCUGCGGGAGGGGAGGGGCGGGCAGACUGCCGCCUCAGCAGAGAGGGAGGUCCCGAGAAGCUAAACCCAGCAAGCAACAGCGCAGCACAGCCAGCCAGCCAGCCAACUUCUUGCUUUACGGAAGCCAAGAUGAAGACUCUUGUUGUCUGGACCCUGUUUCUGCUGCUCUCCCUCACAGGGAUUGCUGCUCUAGAUGAUCAGAACUCGAUGCCCUGCAUGCUGUCUGAUCACACCACGGCCUACAAGACCUUCCUGAAGCGCCACAUCCUGGAGGGAGCGCCAAGUACUGAUGACCAGAACGCGUGGGAGGAGCUGCUGCGGAACAAGAAGUUCUGCUCCCGUCCCACGCAGUCCUUUCUCCCCGAGAGCGAGAGGCAGCGGGUGGAGGCUGUGUGCUCCCCGUCGGGUGGGAAGGCCUUCAGGGGGAACAUGUGUAUCAGUAAGGAGCCCUUCUCCUUCAUCACAGUGCGCGUGGAGCAGGGAACCUGUGGCAUCAAGCGGAUCGUCCACGAGCGCAAGCAUCUGAUCCUGGCCUGUGAGAAGCUCCAGAAUGUCUGCCAGCCCGUGCACUUUGAGGGGAACCCGCAGAGUCUUGUGCCGGACCAGAACAAACCCGACUGCGGCCUUAGGUCACCCAGGAGCGGAGGCGACAGGGUAGCAGCAGGACUUGUGAACAUACUUUGUCUCCUGUUGGUGGCGCUAGAGGUCGCCGUGUGAUUUACCCACUGGUCCAUUUCCUGCUUUAUUUCCAGGCUGAAACACUGUGCCACUGAUUGUGAUAUGUCUUUAUUUUAUCAUAAGUACGUGACUGAGUUGUAUGCCAACAUUUUACAAACAAUGAACAAUUCUAUCAGCA